CCGAGGGCGGGGUCGCACAGCGGGGUGCUGGCAUCUUAGUAGCCGAUCCCGGGCUGAGGGAGCGUUCCGGUGGGUGAGAGGUUCGCGCUGAAGGAGGGCGGCGCGGCGGGGCCCGAGAUGGAACGGGGGAAGAUGGCGGAAGAGAGCCUGGAGACGGCGUCGGAGCACGAGCGGAUCCUGCGGGAGAUCGAGAGCACCGACACGGCCUGCAUCGGGCCCACGCUCAGGUCUGUCUAUGAUGGUGAGGAGCAUGGUCGAUUCAUGGAGAAGCUAGAAUCUCGCAUCCGCAAUCACGACCGAGAGAUUGAGAAAAUGUGCAACUUUCACUACCAGGGUUUUGUAGACUCUAUUACUGAGUUGCUGAAAGUACGGGGAGAAGCUCAGAAACUCAAAAACCAAGUGACGGACACUAAUAGAAAGCUACAGCAUGAGGGGAAGGAACUGGUAAUAGCAAUGGAAGAGCUGAAGCAGUGCCGAGUACAACAGAGAAACAUUUCUGCCACUGUUGAUAAAUUAAUGCUGUGUCUUCCAGUACUAGAGAUGUACAGCAAACUAAGGGACCAGAUGAAGACUAAAAGACAUUAUCCUGCACUGAAAACUCUGGAACAUCUAGAACAUACCUAUCUGCCUCAAGUAAGCCACUAUCGGUUCUGCAAGGUGAUGGUGGAUAAUAUCCCUAAGCUUCGGGAAGAGAUAAAAGAUGUUUCUAUGUCUGAUCUUAAAGACUUUCUGGAGAGCAUCCGCAAGCAUUCAGACAAAAUUGGAGAGACUGCCAUGAAGCAAGCUCAACAGCAAAGAAAUCUGGAUAACAUUGUCUUGCAACAGCCCAGAAUAGGUAGCAAGAGAAAAUCUAAGAAAGAGGUUUAUACAUUCUUUGAUGCAGAGAUGGAAAGCACGAGCCCAAAGUCUGAACAGGAUUCAGGAAUUCUGGACGUUGAAGACGAGGAAGAUGAUGAAGAGGUACCCGGGGCCCAAGACUUGGUGGAUUUCUCUCCUGUUUAUCGAUGUUUACACAUAUAUUCUGUCCUGAGUGCCCGAGAAACAUUUGAGAAUUACUACCGAAAGCAAAGGCGAAAACAGGCUCGUUUGGUGCUCCAGCCUCCAUCUAACAUGCAUGAAACUUUAGAUGGCUACAGGAAGUAUUUUAAUCAAAUUGUAGGCUUUUUUGUGGUUGAAGAUCAUAUUUUACAUACAACCCAGGGCUUAGUAAAUAGAGCCUACAUUGAUGAAUUAUGGGAAAUGGCACUUUCCAAAACCAUUGCAGCACUCCGUGCCCACUCGUCUUACUGUUCUGAUCCAAACCUUGUGUUAGAUUUGAAGAACCUCAUUGUGCUUUUUGCUGAUACACUUCAGGUGUAUGGUUUUCCAGUGAAUCAACUUUUUGAUAUGCUGUUAGAAAUCAGAGACCAAUAUAGUGAAACUCUUCUGAAGAAGUGGGCAGGAAUUUUCAGAAACAUACUUGAUUCUGACAACUACAGUCCCAUACCAGUAAUGAAUGAAGAGACAUAUAAAAAGGUUGUAGGACAAUUCCCAUUCCAAGACACAGACCUGGAAAAGCAACUAUUCCCGAAAAAGUUUCCUUUCUCUGAAUUUGUGCCAAAAGUUUACAACCAGAUUAAAGAGUUUAUUUAUGCCUGCCUGAAGUUUUCAGAAGAUCUUCACCUGAGCUCCACUGAAGUUGAUGAUAUGAUCCGUAAGUCUACAAACCUAUUGCUGACCAGGACUCUGAGCAACUCUCUGCAGAAUGUCAUUAAAAGAAAGAAUAUUGGCCUCACUGAGCUUGUCCAGAUUAUCAUCAAUACAACACACUUGGAGAAGUCCUGUAAAUACUUAGAAGAAUUUAUCACGAAUAUCACUAAUGUGUUUCCAGAGACAGUCCACACCACCAAACUCUAUGGCACCACGACUUUCAAGGAUGCUAGGCAUGCAGCUGAAGAGGAGAUUUAUACAAACUUAAAUCAGAAGAUUGACCAGUUUCUUCAGCUUGCUGACUAUGAUUGGAUGGCAGGAGAUUUAGACAACAAAGCUAGUGAUUACCUAGUGGACCUCAUCGCCUUCCUGCGGAGCACAUUUGCUGUAUUCACUCACCUUCCUGGAAAGGUGGCCCAGACCGCCUGUAUGUCAGCUUGCAAGCAUUUAGCCACAUCUUUGAUGCAACUUUUACUAGAAGCCGAAGUAAGGCAGCUCACCUUGGGAGCAUUACAGCAAUUCAACCUGGAUGUCAGAGAAUGUGAACAGUUUGCCAGAUCCGGCCCGGUGCCUGGGUUCCAGGAGGACACGCUGCAGUUGGCCUUCAUCGACUUGAGACAACUGUUGGACCUCUUCAUUCAGUGGGAUUGGUCCACAUACCUUGCUGACUACGGACAGCCCAACUGCAAGUACCUCCGGGUGAACCCAGUGACAGCUCUGACCCUGCUUGAGAAGAUGAAAGAUACUAGUCGCAAGAACAACAUGUUUGCACAGUUCCGGAAAAAUGAACGAGACAAGCAGAAGUUGAUUGACACUGUGGCCAAGCAGCUCCGAGGACUCAUCAGUAGCCACCACUCCUGAACAUCAGCCUUGGGCCCACAGAAGCUUGCCGAAGCCCCAUGGUCUAGGACCUUGCCUGGGCUGGCCCUGCAUUUGUGCAUUCUUCCUUAAAGAGAGCAUAUGUAUUUUUUUAUUAACCCCUGUACAGCAUUCACAUAACCUUUCCCUAUAGCAAGAGAGGCACAAGGAUAAGCAAGAACAGGAGGUGUUGCUAGGCAGGGCUCAGAGGAAUUACUGAUAGACUGGUAGUGUUAUUCUAGGAGGGCUCUAUCACCAGUGCCAAUGUGGUGAACUGCCUCUUGUCCAUGGCUCCACAAACAAGCAGGUAUCUAGGCCUGGAAGGUAAGGUGAGGAAGUGAAAGGAUAAUAAAUGGUAUCCUCUUUGCCCUCAAGUGCCCCCUUCACCACAGGUGGGGCUGAUUCUUCUUGACACAAGGAGAUCCUGGCAAAUAUGCCUACCUAAUACAUCAAAGUCAGCCUCAAUUCAGGAUGCCCAUCUGCUACAUCAGCUGAUUAUUGGCUGAUGAGAGCACAGAAUGUGGCAAGAUGACAGCUUCACUCUGAUCCUCCAAGAGUGGUGGUUUCUUUAGGUCUGACCCAGGCUAGGGACAGGGUAAAGGUGAGUAAACCCUUGGGCCUAUGCUGCAUUGCAGGCUAUCCCACUGUGGGUGGGGUGUUUUUUCUGGAUCUUGAAUGCCAGUUUGGGUCAGGAACCCAGUCCCUUUCCCAUUCAUCUCUGUCCUUUCUUUCAUGGCCAAAACACUUGGCUUAAGACAUAGGUCAGUGGUUGCUUCUAAAGGUCCUCAAGAGAGAGUCUCAGACUUUGCAGCAUCUUUAGAUGGUCAGAUUCCUGAAUUCUGAAAACAGCCCAUCCUUUCCCUUGGUUAGAACCUGAGGAUUUCUUGAGAUUGCUCAUUUAUGUUUUAACAGCAGCCUUCUGGCCACCAUCUUUAAAGGAAAUGUCCCCAGCUCUACACUGCAGGCACAGCCAGCAUGGGACGAGAUGCUUCUGAGCAUGGAGCUGACACUGUGAGGUAGUCAGGGCCAGCUGCAGCUAGUGGCUUGUUGCCUCUGGCCCAGCUGUCAUCUACUAGGUCAUAUCACAGAGACAAAGCUCAUCUUCUCAAACCCAGGGCUCCCAUCUUCUGAGCUCUCUUGGCUGCACCUAAGAGUGAUUGCCCUAGACUCCUGCCACCCCUCAGCCUGGAGCCUGGAGCCUGGGCCAGCCUAGCUUGGAUUCCAGUGCUCCAAAUGGACUCCUUGAGGCAACACAAGGGCUUUGUUGUGAAAUCGGUCAGAGGGGUCUACACUCAGACACUUCUCAAAGCUGCUACUCGGCUACUCUGGCUGCUGAUAAGGGUGUAGUUGUGCACCAUCAAACUCUGACAAAGAAGCCACAUAAGUAUUUCUAGCUUGCAUGAGGGAGCAGAGAGAUUUGUCAACCAGAAUUUUUUACUACCUUUGCCAGCUCUUGAGUUAUUCCUAGAGAAUGUACUUCCUUUCGUGUUCCCCACUUCCACCCUCAUCAUAGCCUACCACAUCUUGAAAACCAACAGGAAGAGAACACACACACAGAGGUACAGCCUCCCAGCAGUGGAGAGACAAGGCUGCCAGGGAGUUCAGCAGAGGCCUGCAAGGCUCAUUCUGAGGGCCAGACAUUGGCCCAGGGAUUCAGGCUGAGAGUCAGAGAAGAGCACUGCCACUAAAAGCUUAAUUAGCCAAGGGAAAGUAGGGGCCAAUGGGAAGAGGACAAGGUGGUAUCUCCAAACCCUGGAUUUGUUGAAAAGAGUGAGAGAUGAUUCCGUAAUCUCAAGUCCUGCUGCCUGAAGGAAGGGAAGUCUAGUCACUGUGCUCAGCAAACUUGUCAGACUUCAGUGCUGAGAUCUUCAGUCAGUGGAGAGACUGCCAGGCUGUCACAGCGUCUGUCCUCUUAGACUAAGUCAUGCUGCUAGUCUGCUCUCCACCCUCUGCCUCAGAGAACCUGCUGUAGAGAAAAUGAGGAUGGGAGGAAGAACAGGGCUACUCUACUUUCCACACCAAAGCCCUGCUGAAAGACCCGCUUAUCUAAGCUCAGGACAUUUAGGGUGGCCACCCUGGCUUUUCUCCUGCUGUGUCUCAGUCUGCCUGCACCUUUCCCUAAUAAAAGGCAGUGCACUGCUUCUGAACUGUAUAAACCAGAGAUAGUGAAAACAGGAACCUGCCAUAACAGAGUUGUUUUGAAUUAGUAAAGUGGGAAUUUUUUUCUUUUGUCCACAGGCCUGUAACUGAGCUGACCAUAAGGACUUGAGCACAGCAUGUGUGCCCAUGGGCCUCAGACUCCAUGACCCACCUCAGAUUCAGAUGCCUCUGGUCCCAGGCAUCCUAGAGAGUCUCAGGUGGGGUAAGAUGCUGGUGCCUGGAUGUCUACUAUCCUCCCACCACUCUGAAUGUCGAGUCCAGUUCUGGGAACACCAGAUCCAUGUUUCUGAUGAGAGUCUAGUUUGGGAGCCUUGGUUAGGCAGUGAGCUCAGUUUUACCAUUCAUGGGAAAAAUAGCAGCCUAGAUGACACUGGUGAGAGUGCAAUAGAACAGGAUUUGUACAUGGGAACCCACAAAGUUAGCAAAAAGAGCAUCUCCCAGUGAUUCCAUCAUAUCCCAGGCCCAACAGUCCCACAGGUUUGGGCUAAUUCCGAAAGCCCUACAUGAGCUUCCCUUCACCAGGCCUCCUCCUGACUCCUUUCCCAUGCCCCCUCCUCUUCUCUCCCUUCCUUCUCAUUUCUUUGUCUGAAUUUGUAGUUACUCCUCAUUAAUGUGUUAUAAAUUGCCUUUUUAUUUUGCACAGUUACAUGUUCAUGGGGAGAAUGUAGUGAAAUCCAUCUAUACCUCUAAAGGAACCUUUUCCUCUUAAAGCUCACUAGGAGAGCUGCCACUGCAGGUAGCCACAAGGCAGGAGCUCCUCUGAGGAAAGCAUGUGUGCCCUGUUCCCCUGCACAUGUUCCUCUUUUAACUAUAUUAAACAAGAGCCUAUGUACCUUUCCAAAAGCCA